GAGCGUCCGGCACCAUAAUUCACCGGCUUGGUGUCCGCGUCCGCUGUGAACACCUUCUCUGGGAAAGGAGCGCCCAAAGGACUUGACGCUAUGAACAUGAAGGUUCUCUUGGCUCUGACAGCCGUGCUGGUUGUGGCGGCAGCCGAACGCGCGGGCUACAACACCGGCGCGUACAACCCGGCGCUCUACAACACCGGAGCUUAUGCCGGCGACUACUACAACCGAGGCAACUACGCUCGCCGAGGUUAUGCCGAUCAGUACUACGGCAGGGACGGCUACAAGGGCGCCUACGCGGGCGGACGCUACGCAGCACCGUACCGGUCAGCGUACGGAUACGCUCCGGGAUACGCGGCCGGCUACAACCGGCCGUACAGCGGCGCCUACGGCGGCUACUCUGGCUACAGGGGCUACGGAGCAUACGGCUCACAGGCAGGGUACACGGGUUACCCUGGUUACGCCGACGGUCGUUACGGGCGUUAUCUUUACGGAGGUGCCUACGAUCGGUACGGUUCCUAUAGAAGCAGCCUCUUUGACGACCGUUACAACCAAUACAUGUACCAGCGAGGCUACAACACGGCGCCUUACGGCGGCGCUUACGGCCCCUACGAGCAGCGCACGUCGCAGGGUUACAGCUACGGUUACACCUCGCCUAACAGCCAGGUCUACAGUGCCGCCGGAUACCGUGCUUAAAGGCGCUUUACGUAAGGGCAACCGCCUCGCGUUGCAUAACACGACGUCCGGGAUUGCUUUUUUGAGCAAUGUCGGCAGCUGAUUUUGGUUGUACUCUUCAUUUUCUUCUAUUGUUUGUGCCAAACUUCUUUUUUUAAAUCACCGAAAUCCAAAAGCGAGAACAUCCUACGUAUGACUGGCGGCGCCCACGAAAUAAAUUUGUUUUUUGGACUUACAGCACCUUGUCUCUUUGUGUUC